GACACGUUUUGUCCCAAUAAAUCCGAAAGUUACCGAGGCCAAGUGCGUCGUAUUUGCUGUCCGAAGUUGAAUUUCAUCCUCCAUUCGGAAGAUGGUCGGAAAUUGAUGUGACUUUAUCAGAAAAUCAUGAGCUUCGCAUUUAAUAGAGUAGUAUAUUUUCUACGAGUACUAUCUUUCUCAAUAAUUAAUUUCAUUUGUAAAUUAAACUGGGAAACCAACCACCCUACUUUAAAUGCUCAAUCUUCUUCUUCUUCACAACCAUUAAUGCAAUUCCUUUGCUAUCCAUUUUUCCCCAUCAUUUUUAGUUUUUCUGGGUUAGUUUCUGAACCUAAUUUGGAAGAUUAUGUUGCACUCUUUUGGUACUGUUUUUGUUGUUUUCUGGGUUUUGCUUCCUCAGUUUGGGUUAAGCAGUGAUCAUUGUCAACGAACGGCUGCCAAAGAAGAAUUGUAAGUUUAAUGGAAUUGUAGUGAAGUACUCCCCUUUGCAUGUGAGUAACACAAUGAAGUGAUCGUCUGCAGUCGUUGCGCUUCGUGAGAUAGCCAAGGAAUUGGGGAAAAAGGACUGGAAUUUCAAUGAAGAUCCUUGCAGUAAUCACACAAGUUGGUUUUCUGAAGCAGACCCAGCGAGACAAACUUACGUUAAUCAAGUUACCUGUGAUUGUUUUGGUGGCAGAUGGCACUUGAAAAAUCUGUCCAUUAAGGGUCAAAGUCUUUCUGGUAGCCUUCCGAAAUCAUUAGUGAAGUUACCCUACCUCAAGACAAUGUAUCAGAAUGCUUUGAUUUGUCGAGGAACCUUCUCAGUGGUAUGAUACCUAAAGAAUGGGCUACAAUGAAAUUGGAAUAUUUGUCUCUUAUGGCGAACCAACUGUCUGGUCAAAUUCCAAAGUUUCUGGGGAACAUUACAACUCUCACUUAUUUAAGCAUUGAAAGCAAUUCAUUUUCUGGAACUAUUCCUGCAGAGCUUGGGAAGUUGGUCAACCUAAAAAAUUUACUGCUUAAUGACAACAAUCUUGCUGGACAAUUACCAAUUGAGCUAAAUAAGCUAGUGAAUUUGAUCGAACUUAGGAUAAGCAGUAAUAACUUCAGCGGACAGAUACCCAAUUUUUUUCAUCAUUGGAAACAACUUGAAAAGCUACAGAUUCAAGGUAGUGGCUUUGAAGGACCAAUACCAACCAGUAUAUCACUGCUGACAAACUUAAUUGAAUUAAGGAUUAGUGAUUUGAAUGGAGAAGGCUCCGAGUUUCCAUCUCUAGAGAAUCUGACAAGCUUGAUGCGAUUGAUGUUAAGGAGCUGCAAGCUUUCUGGGCCUAUUCCUCCUUAUAUAUCAGCCAUGUCGAGAUUGAAAAUUUUGGAUCUCAGCUUCAACAAAUUGAAUGGAUCUAUUCCAAACGAGCUUCAAUAUUUAAAUAAAUUGCAAAACAUGUAUUUAACAAGCAAUAUGCUAAGUGGACCUGUUCCAAAUUGGAUUACAAAUAAAGCGGACAGCAGCCACAUAGAUCUUUCAUACAACAAUUUUGAUGAACAUUCUGCACCGUCUUCUUGCAAUAAAGAGACUCUAAACUUGUACAGAAGCUUCUCAAGGGGAGAGAGCCUAAAAUCUAGUGUCUGCUUGAAGAGCUUCAAUUGUAAAGAAGCUCGGUAUUCAAUGCAUAUCAACUGUGGUGGAAAAGAGACCACCAUCGCAGACUCUACAUAUGAGGAAGAUGAUGAACGUGGGGGCGCUGCAAAAUUUGUUCCCAGAAGGGCAGAUUGGGGAUUUAGCAGUAGUGGGGAAUUCUGGUUUUCACAAGUUCCUGGUAAUUAUAUUGCGAAAGGCAACCCAAUGCUAAGAUUGCCGGACUCAAAUCUAUACACGAGAGCACGGUUGUCAGCUACAUCUCUAACAUACUAUGGUAGUUGCUUGGGAAAAGGGAACUACAGUGUGACACUUCAUUUCUGUGAGAUAGUUUUUUCUAACAAUUCUUAUUCCAGUCUCGGAAGACGGAUGUUUGAUAUAUAUAUCCAGGAUAAGCUUGUUCACAAGAAUUUUGAUAUAGUAAAGGAAGCAAAUGGAACUAGUAAGGUUGUAAAGAAGGUAUAUCAACAUAUACCCGUGAGUGAUUCUGUAGAAAUCCGUUUCUAUUAUGCUGGAAAAGGGAGCACAGGGAUACCUUUAAGAGGAACAUAUGGCCCACUUAUAUCUGCAAUUUCUGUCAAGUCUGAGUUCAAACCUCCUCCUGAUAGACAGAAGAUUAUAAAGAUUUUAGGUGGGGUUGCAAUUUUAAUGGUGUGCACCACUCUUUUCGGUCUUUACAUUUGUUGGUGGAAACAUGGCUCGAGAGACAUGGCAACAAGAGAAAAAGUUCUUGCUGGACUUGAUCUGCAGACUGGGUUAUUUACUUUUAAGCAAAUCAAAGCUGCCACCAACAACUUCAGUGCUGACAGUAAAAUUGGAGAAGGCGGAUUUGGUUCAGUAUACUUGGGGAUACUGCUAGAUGGUGCCCAUAUUGCCGUGAAGCAACUAUCAUCAAGAUCAAAACAGGGGAAUCAAGAAUUUGUGAAUGAAAUUGGCAUGAUCUCUGGUUUGCGUCAUCCAAAUCUUGUAAGACUGUAUGGAUGUUGUGUUGAGGGAAAUCAGUUAUUCUUGAUAUAUGAAUAUAUGGAGAACAAUAACCUUGCACGUGCAUUGUUUGGAAGAAGUCACCUGAAAUUGAAUUGGCCUACUAGACAGAAAAUUUGCAUUGAUGUGGCAAGAGGUUUAACCUAUUUGCAUGAGGAAUCAAUAAUAAAAAUUGUUCAUAGAGACAUCAAAGCAACCAAUAUACUGCUUGAUGGAGACCUCAAUGCUAAGAUCUCAGACUUUGGACUGGCUAAGCUUGAUGAAGGGGAGCACACCCACAUUAGUACUAGAGUUGCCGGAACAAUAGGAUACAUGGCACCAGAAUAUGCAUUGUGGGGCUAUUUGACCUAUAAAGCAGAUGUUUACAGCUUUGGGGUUUUGGCAUUGGAGAUAGUUGCUGGUAGAAACAAUACAAAUUUUAGACCAGAUGAUAAUUAUUUCUGCCUCCUUGAUUGGGGCUUUGCUUUGCAACAACAGAACGGAAAUUUGAUGGAACUAGUGGAUCCGAUGCUUGGCACUGACUACAAUAAGGAAGAAGUACUCAAAAUGAUUAAGAUUGCUUUAUUAUGCACUAAUCCAUCUCCUGCAGUAAGGCCAGUGAUGUCUGAGGUACUAAGCAUGCUUGAAGGAAAAAUGCUUGUAAAAGAACUGACCCUGGCACCUAGUGGCUGCAACAGUGACUGGUUUUAUGAGGCAUCUAAAGGGUAUCACGAUAUGACAUCAGACAGUGAAACUCACAGCUUAAUUCGCUCUCCAGAUGCAAGGAAUGGCUGUUCGUCUACUUGUCAUGCUAAGCCCCCGGUAAUUGAAGGAGAUCAAACAUAAGGUUUUAUCAUUCUUUCAGUUUCGUAGAAGGGUACAUAAGAUCAAGCAUUGGUUGAUCUUAAAAACUUGGGAUGUGUUAGAAUCUAACAUCUUCAUAUUUUAGAUGCUUUCUAAUUUCCUAGGCCUUAGAUUCUAUUGUUAUAUACUUGUAUGUUUUUUUCAAUCUAAUGUAGUUUACACUAGGAAAUGUAAUUUCAAAAUUAAGCUCUGUAAGGAGAUGUGAUCAAUUAAAGAUUUAUGUUCUUAAACUCAA